AACAAUUACCAACUGUGAAAUAUUCUUGAACUCAAAAUUGGCCACUCGUCGCAAGGGCAAAGAAAUCGAAGACGAUUCUAAUUUGAUCGAUAAUCUAAUCGAUUAUGUUUCUUUAAUCGAUUAUGUUUCUUUAAUCGACGAUGAUGGUGUUUUUUUAAUCGACGAUGAUGUCAAUGAGAAUAUGAAUAUUCAUCAGCCACAAAUAAGCGAGGAUGGGACCGAUCGAGUCUCUGGAGGAAUGGUCGGUUCAUCUUCGCCUAAUGGAUGGACAACUUUGGAAGAUAAAAUAUUGAUAAAUAGCCUUGAUGUCAUUCUCGAAGGACACAAAAAACGACCUAAAAUUAGUAAUACUACCCUUGUUCGAAUAACCACGCCAACUCAUCCUGACAAUGACGAAUCUCAAGGAUCGGGCAAUGCUUCUAUACUACAAAUAAGCGAUGAUGGGACCGAUCGAGUCCUUGUUAAUGAGAGUCUAGUGGCAUGGCUGGAGAAAUGGUCGGCUGAAGUCCCGUCAUCUUCGCCUAAUUCGUCUGCGAGGGGGUGGACAACUUGGGAAGAUAAAAUAUUGAUAAAUAGCCUUGAUGUCAUAAUUAUUAACAAUAUAAAAAGG